GGAGUCCCCCGUGGACUGUAGUGUGAACAAAUGCAGCAAACUCGUCGGAGCAGGGACAGAGUCCAACCCCAUGAGUUACAGCACCUACAUGGAUGAGAAGAAUGGACCUCCUCCCAACAUGACCACCAACGAGAGGAGAGUCAUUGUCCCAGCAGAUCCCACCCUCUGGACCCAGGAACACGUGCGCCAGUGGCUGGAAUGGGCUAUAAAGGAGUAUGGGUUAAUGGAGAUUGACACCACCAUCUUCCAGAACAUGGAUGGCAAGGAGCUCUGCAAAAUGAAUAAGGAUGACUUCCUUCGAACCACCUCUGCCUACAACACAGAAGUCCUGUUGUCUCACCUCAGUUACCUCAGGGAAAGCAGCUCACUGCUGGUCUACAAUACUCCAGCCCACACAGAAGCUUCCUCACGACUUGCCACCAAAGAAGACCCCUCCUAUGAUGCAGUCAGAACAGGAUGGGGCAGUAAUGUGAGUUCUGGCCUCUCCAAAAGCCCUCCUGUUGCAGGGACACAAAAUGUGAACAAGACAACAGAACAGCAACGGCCCCAGCCAGAUCCCUAUCAAAUCCUGGGACCCACCAGUAGCCGUCUUGCCAAUCCAGGGAGCGGGCAGAUCCAACUGUGGCAGUUCCUCCUCGAGCUGCUGUCGGACAGUUCCAACGCCAGCUGCAUCACGUGGGAAGGGACCAACGGGGAGUUCAAGAUGACAGACCCCGACGAGGUGGCCCGGCGCUGGGGAGAACGUAAGAGCAAGCCCAACAUGAAUUAUGACAAGCUGAGCCGAGCCCUCCGAUACUACUACGACAAGAACAUUAUGACCAAAGUGCACGGCAAAAGGUAUGCCUACAAAUUUGACUUCCAUGGCAUUGCCCAGGCUCUUCAGCCUCACCCCGCCGAGUCGUCGAUGUACAAGUACCCCUCAGAUCUCUCCUACAUGCCAUCCUACCACCCCCACCAGCAGAAGGUGAACUUUGUACCCCCCCACCCUUCUUCCAUGCCUGUCACAUCAUCCAGUUUCUUUGGAGCAGCCUCCCCUUAUUGGACCUCCCCUGCAGGAAGCAUCUAUCCAAACCCCAACGUCCCUCGCCAUCCCAACGCCCACGUAUCACCACACUUGGGCAGCUAUUACUAGAUGCUUUCAUCUUUGAGUGGCCUUUAUCAGUCUGGUUGGACUUUUUCCUUUAUUUCUGGGAUUUUUUUUUAAUGGGGUUUUGGGGGACCCUUGAUGGAUAAUUGUGGCCUUUCUGGGGAAGAGUUAAAACUGGAUAUUGGUUAUUUCUGGAUCAAAUACCUUUUACUUUUGUAACUUUGCCUCUCGUGUCUUGAACUGAGAGGUGGAUGCUUCUUUGGGCCAGUACUCUGCAUUUUCUUUGGGUUUUAACGCUUAUGUCCUCUGUAGGAAUUGCCUGUGAAGACUGUUCACCAUUACCUGGGAUGAUUACUAGCUUUAUGAUGUGAUAAAUUGGCCAGGAUUCAAAGGCUUUUGACAAGACAUAGAUCCAACUGUGGGUCGUAGGAAAAGAUGACUACAUGGGUUUAUUUCUCGCUGUGGAGAGGGUAAGGCAAUCUGACCAUUAAGUGGAGGACGUUGGGCUGCAGGGGACCACAACUGGAACUUUAGCUUUAAGGCAGAUGAGGAUUUUCACCCAACUGGAAAUGAAAUAUAUAUAUAUCUCCAUAUAUAUAUAUAUAUGUACAUAUAUAUUUUAAGAAGUAAAGGGCAUUGAAAGAACUUUUCUAGAGUGUACAGCUUCCUUAGACUGUGUAUUAACUGCAGAAACAUCAGAAACCAGAACAAAAAGGAACCCAGUGUCAAGCACAGACAUUCCUUGAAAGCAAAAGGGAAGGAAAAGAAGUGACAGCAGGUCCCUGAGCUCGAGCAGGGUCUCAGGGACCUCUAGAUGCUCUCGAUUCGCGAACGCUGUGCGUUUGUCAGACCGCCAUCCGAAGGGUCAACAAAAUCAGAAGGCAAAUUACUGUAUAAAUUAUGCAAAGUUAUUUUUUCCCUAUAUCUCACGGUUUUAAAAAGUUUAAGUAAAACGAGUUGACCUCGGUCACAAAUGCAGGUUUGUUUUUGUUUUUUUUUUUUUACUCUCAGCUCA